GGUCUGCCACACUCCUCCAGUGACUUGUCUGUCUAUGGCUGUGUUGUUGUCAAGGUGUCGGCUGGUGAGGGUGUCAAGUGCUUCCCGCACCAACGCCAACAUACGCUAACUAGCCGUAUUAUAAGGCACACGAGACUGGGUGAGGUCUCUACAAGGUUUUUGUAAUAUAUUGAGAUGGCUGAAAGUAAGAGUAGUGGGGAAGAUCCUCAGGAGACCACAGCAGCCACUGAGGCUACCAACACGCCUGACACAACGGACACGGAGAGAGAGUGGGCCCAGGCUGCUCAGUCGGAGUUCACAAAGGGCAACUAUGCUACUGCUCUAACACACUUGAACCAGCUGCAAGGCUCCAGACCAAAGGAUGCAAAGGUACUUAUGAAUAAGGCUGUAAUCGAGUACUACAAGAGUGAUCUGAAGAAGACUGAAACGUUUCGCAAGCAGUUGGUAGAUAUUUGCUCACAGUGUGGCUUCAAGAUUGAUGAAGUAGACUCCACAGAUGAGGUUGACCGAAGUGUAAUACACCUUAACCACUGCAUCAUCUUGUACCACCUCCACCAGUACCGAGCUUCACUCUCACUACUGGACAAGAUGUAUACAAGCUUGGAGUCCUUAGAGGAGAGUGUGGGAAUAGGUGUGUGUCUGGUGAUGGCCGAGUGUCACCUGGGGGCGCACCACCCCGAGAGGGCUCUUGCCGUCAUUGCUCACACGGAAACUACCUUCCUGCCCCAACCCCUUCCCCACACACCCUCCCACAAGCAACCACAACAGGAAAAAGAAAACAAGUCCCCUGAAAAAAGUAGUGUGUCUGGAGGUACUGGCAGCACCAGCAGCAGCAGUAGCAGCAGUAGUAGCAGCAGUAGUAGCAGCACAAGCACUACCACAGAUGAAAUACGAUGUAGUGCCACCCAAGAGCAGCUGAGAGGAAAGCUGCAGCAAUUAAGAGUUAGGUCAUUGCUAAUGAUGAGAGCUCUCAGGGUAGCCAAAAAAGAGUUGAAAACAAUUGUCACACAUGCCGUUACUGCUGGCAAUUCUUUGAAUGUAACUCUUAUUAGUCUGAAGAGUCAAUUAGAAUAUCUUCGAGGCAAUUUUCGGAAGGCAAUUAAAGUUCUCAAUCAAUGUGCAGCAAUACCACCACCUAGUCUAACUUACGGUCCUAGUUUAGGUGUGAUGUACUACAACAAUCUAGGUGUAAUACAUCUUGGUCUGGGAAAGCCCACCGUAGCUUGCCUCUACCUGCAAAAGGCUCUCCAAGAAACACAAUUAUCUGAAGAGUCAAACUCAUCAACACUGCCAGGUGAUACAUUAUCUAGUCGUCCUCUCUACCAGCUAAGCAGCAACGUUCAGCCGCAACUUUACUACAAUCUGGGAGUUACCCUUCUACAUAUGAAUAAGCCUGAUAAAGCUUUUGAUUUUCUGCUGGAAGUUCUACAAGUGCACUCCAUGAAUCCUCGGCUGUGGCUUCGACUCGCAGAAUGCUGUAUAGCUGUCCACAAAUCUGGUCUUGGUGAAGAUAUGGGUAGCAAGAAGGCCAUCGUACAAGGCACAGUAGGGCUUGGCCUUCACCGCAAAAUCUGCCUUGCCACGUGCAUCAGUGACCACAACAGGAAAUGCUGUGAUCCACAGUCCGAAUCAGAUGCUGCAUUUCCUGAGCCCACCCUAGAGUUUGCUCGACUGUGUCUUAGUAAUGCACUCACACUUCUACCAGAAAAUGCAUCUACUGCCUCACUUACCGAUGAACAGGAAGCUUCAGGUGUAAUGCCCGAGCUGUACCCUGCUGGGCCCUCUUCUCCCUUGCGAGGGACAGAAGUGGUGAGUCUGCGGGUCUCAGCACUAGCGUGCAGUGCAUAUGUCAGUCUUUGCCUCUCAGACUACUCUACAGCACUCAGACAUGCAGAAAAACUUCUAGUCACUCAUCCAAAAAUACCUGGAGUUUACAAACUGUUGGGACACCUGUAUGCUGGGGAAGCUCUUAUAUCUUUGGGUAAAGUAUCCGAGGCUGUUGCCCACCUUGAUCCUCGAUUAGUGGGAGACUUGACCCUCUCUCCGUCAGCACAGGAAACUGGCCCAAGUCCAACACUUAAUGUUUCCAAUCAAGGCUGGUACCUGGGCUCAACAGCAACAGCUAUGCAGGUGAUGAGGUACAAUCUUAGUGUUGCAUAUACUCUGAGGGGAGAAUUGGAAAAAGCCAAUAAUUUGCUCAAAGAGGUGUGGACAGAAAGCAAUGGCAGUAUGCCUGCACAGGUCAUCAUGCUGGCUAUGUACAUUCAACUUCGAAUGGGUCAUGUUGAUGUUAUGAAGAAUAUUGUUAAGAAGAACAUCCUGCUAACGUGAAGUUUUUAAAUUAAACUUUAUAUAUUUUUUUUUUAUUAAGAUUUUUAUGCCAUCCAGCAUUAUACUCUCACUUGAUAUAUCACAUGAUAUAACAUUAUUCUGUCACUUGGUUUGCCACAGGAUCCAGCAUUAUACUCCCACUUGAUUUGCCACAUGAACUAGCAUUAUGCUGUCACUUAAGGUGCACAGACAUGGUGACUGUGAGAGGAAGCGAGGAGAGAGAAAGAGAGUGUGGCCAACACACAGCAUGUGAGAAACAGAGCUGGGUGGAAACAGUUUGUAAGAAUGGCGUGAAUGUAUUUGUAUGCAAUGUAUGUGACAUUUCAUGACGAGCAAUGUCCACAAUGUUUUAUCAAGCGGUGGGUACCUGCUGCGGAUGAAUGCUGGAGUGUGGUGGUGCACGAAGAGCACUGUACACUUGUCUCGUGAAGUGGUAUGUAGCUGCUGCGGAUGAAUGCUGGAGUGUGGUGGUGCUUGUCUAUCUCUGAUGCUUUAUAUAUUGUAAUGUGAAUGACAUAAUACACAAGUUAUAUUUUUUAUCUUUUAUUAUUAAUAUCUAUAAUUUGUUAAUAUAUUACACUCUUCUUCUUUCUCCGGGUUGAGACCCCACCCCAUGAAAGUGGGAAAUGAGGUAAUGAUAAUGACUGUAUGUAAGUGAGAUUACAUAUUCUUGCCUCCCUCACAGUGUAUAUGGUUAAUGUGAGUGAGGUAAGAGUGUAAUAUAGGUAAACAAGGUUGUAGUUCAUAAAGUAUUAUGUCAUACUACAAGUCUAUUUUGCUCAGUAGUGUCUAUGAAUUAUCCGAAUUGUAUGUUGUUUAAUUAAUUCAAAAAUACAUAUUUCUCUUGUGCAGUAAUGAAGCUGCUCAUAUAAUUAUAUUAUAGCUUUUGGGUAUAAUGUACAUAAAUUAUAUUCUGAUAGUAUCCCAGUUUUGCUGCUAAUUUUGAAAUAUAUGUUAAUAUCCUCGUAA